UGUUUGAAAGCCAAAUAGUAGUUAUUCCCCUCUGCAAACAGUCACAUCUUGUUAUUCCGGAGAGGCGCGCACAGGCACCGUUGCUGCUGCUGCUUCUGCUGUUGUAACCCCGUGGCAGACAAAGUUUGAACAACAUUAUAAUAUAUAAACAUAAUAUAAUAAUAAAGCUCUCGCGCGCGCAAGCUGACGCUUUUGGACGAGUGCUCCGCGUGAAAAGUUUCGUGAAAAUCGGUGUGCGACGGCAUUUUCCGGCGUGAAAAUCGUGAGUGAGUGCUGGAACUUUGCGCGAGGACCACCAAAAUAUCGAGCGCCCACCAACACCAACGCAAGAAGUCACGCACGCAUCGCUCACGCACGCACUCCGUUUCGGAGAGUCCUUUCCAGACUCACUGGAGAGCGCGAGCGAGGAUCAGCGCGCUGAAUCGCACAUAUUUGCCUUUCCAAUCAGUAAAACGACACUGGUAUUUGGGUUGCAACGAGUCAACAUCGAGCCGAGCCAAGGGAAGGAGCGUUCCGGGUUUAAGGUCUCUUCAAGUCGACCUGUUGAAGUCGAACCCGACCGCCCGUAAACCAGGGACUUUGGAUAUUCCGGGUUUGUUUGCUACUCGGCGGCAGUUGGACAAGUCGGAAGCCCCGGGAUACACCAGCUGUACCCCCAGCGUAUGUGUGCAGAGUGCUUAAGUUUUUGUGUCCACACAAAACUCGGUCUCCGACGUCGAUGACGUGAGUUGGACGGCAGUGACGACAUUUGCCACAAGGAACACCCCCGUCUACGUGCAAGUAGUGUGAGGCAUUGUUUGUGUUUAUUAUUGAAUUUUGAACCAAGUCCUCGUGUCACGUCGAAUAGUGUGUGGCUUGUGAGGUUCGAAUUUUUGGGUAAUUGGGUGAAGGUGUUUGUGCCGUAGGAGUAGAUGUGAGUGUGAACAAACAAAGAGAUAACAACACAUACGCCGGGAAUGCCCCAGCACCGAAUGAUAAACAAUAUCGGUCGUGUGUACGACGAGAAGACGCAAUCGGAAUGUGCCGGGCAGUGAGAUGAUCGAUCAAUGACGCGCGCCGUUCUGAAGAGUGAUUUCAAUUGAUAGAUCUGUUCCAAGUGGGCUUAGUGGUCAGAGUACAACGCAACACAGGACUAGGUGAAACUUAAGUAGUGAAGAUGCAAAAACUUUACCCGGAAACGUCGAUCAACAGUUCGAGCAUGACCGGAGGAAACAUGAGCCCGAUGGCUACGACGUACAGUAUGAACAGCAUGGGGAUGACAGUAGGUGGGAUGACUUCAGUUUCGCCUCAAGGCGGAAGUUUUGGAUCAUCGGUUUUGGGAGGUUCGGGAAUGUCCGGAAUGGGAGCCGCCAUGAAUUCCAUGUCCGGCCAAUGCCUAACUUCGGCACCACUUGGGUACAGUUCGAUGGGAUCGCCCAUCCCCAACAUGGGUUCAUGCAUGGGUGGUAAUGGGAUGAGCUCAAUGGCGGCCAUGACCGGAUACUCGAGCGUACCCGGAAGUCGAGAGGUUCUCGGCGAUCCAGGAUCACCCAAUUCUGCUGCUCUGCAGCGAGUUCGGACGGAGAAGCCGGCGGCAACAUACCGGCGGAAUUAUACGCACGCCAAGCCUCCAUACUCGUACAUUUCACUCAUCACGAUGGCCAUCCAGAACAACCCGCACAAGAUGCUAACCUUAGCGGAGAUUUAUCAGUUCAUCAUGGAUCUGUUCCCGUUCUAUAGACAGAACCAGCAGCGGUGGCAAAAUUCAAUCCGGCAUUCGCUUAGCUUCAACGAUUGCUUUGUCAAAGUGCCCCGGACUCCGGACAAGCCUGGUAAGGGUUCGUUUUGGACGCUCCAUCCCGAUUCGGGUAACAUGUUUGAGAACGGAUGCUAUCUCCGACGGCAGAAGCGCUUCAAGGACGAAAAGAAAGAAGUGAUUCGGUCUAUGCACAAGAGCCCCGUCCACGGUAUGGAUGCAACCAGUCCAGAUAAAAAGGACCACCACGAGGAUCACCAUCACCAUCACCACAGGGAACACAAGCUGCCCGGGCCGCAUGAUACGCACGGAAUGCUGAACUCUGCCCACGGUAAGGAUACCGAUGCUCUGGCAAUGCUGCACGCCACCGCUGACCUCUGCCUAGCACAGCAAUCCCAAUCGCACCACGGAGCACACCACCAGCAGCUCCAGCAGGAGGAAUUGUCCGCCAUGGUGAACCGGUGCCAUCCAUCGCUGCUCAGCGAUUACCACUCGAUGCACCUCAAGCAGGAACCGCCCGGCUAUACGCCCUCUAGUCAUCCGUUCUCCAUCACCCGGUUGCUGCCGGCCGAAUCCAAGGCCGACAUCAAGAUGUACGACAUGAGCCAGUACGCCGGCUACAACGGCCUGAGUCCCCUGCAGAACUCGCACGCUGCGGCGGCUGCCCUCGAACAGAACUCCUACUAUCAUCAGAGCCUCGGAUACCACCACGCAUCGACAGGCACCACCAGCUUGUGACAUCAGUAUCCGUUGGCAUAAGUGAAGCUGAAGAACUACUACGGCGGCAGCUGCCAGAGUAGUGGCGGCAGCAGCGGUAGUACCAACGGAACCAACAACAACGCUCAUCACCACGCCAACAGCAACAACAUUCAUCACCAGUUCGGCAGCAGUGGCGGCCAUCAC